AACUGUGAACUCUGCGGAUCUAUUGGAGAAGAUACACUUUCCUCAAACUUUAAAUUGUAGAAUGGGAGUGAGAACGGUACUUCUAGUUCUCGGACUGCUGGCAGUCACAGUGAGCGCCCAAAGAAGCACCGUCCAGUGCAAAAAAGAAAAUGGUCUCUUCAUGCACGACCAAUACUGCGACUACUACUACGAGUGCGAAGAUGGCAUCCCCAAAGAAAAGGCCUGCCCUAAUGGCCUGGCCUUCUCCGGCAAGGGCAGAGGACUUAUGCAGAACUGCGACUACCCACACAGGGUCGGGUGCCCGGACAAUGAAGGGCGAGUGAUGGGGCAGGCUCCCAUCGGCACAGAUAACUGCCCUUGGCUCUAUGGGGUGUUUGCUCAUCAGACGAGUUGUACCCGCUAUUGGCAAUGUUGGAACGGCACUUCCACUAUUCAACAGUGCCCCUUCUCUCUGCUCUACAACGACAUUCUCCAUUCCUGCGACUGGCCAGACAAUGUUCCUGACUGCCAGAAGCAUCCUAUCUGCAAAGACCAACCUAACGGUCACAUUCCCAUCGAAAAAUCUUGCGGCAGGUUCUGGCUCUGCGUGGGUGGUUACCCCAGGUUGCAGAGGUGUCCAGCUGGUCUGGCCUUCAGUCAAACUGGCCUCAGGUGUGAACUCGCACAGAAUGUACCAGGAUGCGAACCUCCACCUACCACACCAGCCCCUGACGAUGAGGAUGACUCCAAAGCCGGAAACUUAGUCGCCGGAGCAGACGCCCCUCCUCGCCGUCCAGCAGCUAGACCAGCCGGACAAUUCAGGCCUCAAAAUGGCAAAUAAAUUAGGACGGCACUUGGACGCUCGAAAGACUUCGACGGCCUAGGCCGUCUGAAUCAUUCUCAAAGACAGAACAUUCUCGUAACUUAGUUUCUAAUUCAAUUCUGUUUGCAUAUUUUUGUGCCAAAAAUAUUAUUUUGUUUGGAGAGAAAAAAAAUCUUUUCCACUUUCACAGAGUCUAGAUUUCUAGAACUACAAACUGAUUCCAAUAUCGCUUGCCUAUGGAGAGAUGGCUGAUGACUGGAAGCGGAAAAUGAACCACUUCUUUUUGUAAUAGGUAGGAUCAGCGAUAACACGUACGCAGUUAAGUUUUUACUGCGUGUGUGUUCUUGCUGAUCCUUCCCAUUAAAAAAUGAAGUGGUCCGUUUCCGCUUCCAGCUCACCCACCAUCUAUCUCUCCGUGGUCAAGCUAUAAGUUUUAUUCCUGUUCACCAAAUGGUUCAAAACGCAUCUAUUACAUGGAAUAAUUUUUCGAUCUACCUUUCGCUCAGCCAACCGCUUAGACAACCUCCUUUUACCACACUUUCAGAUCAACGUAUAAAAGCGGUUCUGUAAGAUUAAUUUAUUACUAGCCAACAAACAAAAUACAAACAAUUAUAAGAUUUUUUUAUUUUUUUGAAUCGGAGAAUUUUUUCCAGCUUGAAAUUCACAGAAAACGUUCAUUCAAGCGGUGAGCUUGGUUGGUAUAAUGAAAAGUGGAUCAAAAAGAUAUUCAGUGUGAUAGCAGCUUAGACGACUCUUUUUCACCCCCGUUAAUCAAUUAAAAGUUAACGUCUUUAUUUGGAACUUCCAAACUCUUUGAACUCUUAAUUUUUUUUCUUUUUUGGAAAUAAUAGGAUGUAAUUCUGUUUUAGAACUGUAUUUAAUUGGAGUUAUUAUUUAUGUAUGUGCUUUCGUAACUGGUCUUUUAUACAUUUCAAGUUUGUUCAAUUUUUCUUCCACCGAUUUGGAUGUCGGAUGCAGCUUGUUCUUGGCUGCUUUGCAGAGUUUUAAGCAAAGCAGUUUUUUUAGUGUCACUCUAUUCAAUGUCAUAACUUCACUGUGUAAAUUACUCACAUGUAAAUCAACAAGAUAAGUAUAGGAAGAGUAUGCCACUUGCAAUCUUGGAUAAGCCACGUGAUACAAGAUACAGUAAGAUAUUGUUGGAUGAAAUAAAAAUAGUAUUCCCUCCACGAUUCUAAAAAUCUGAAAACAAACAAAAAUUCCAAACUUUACCCAUUGUUUCUAAUCUGUUAUGUGGCAAAUUCAUAUUUCGAUUACCCAAGUUGUCUGUAUUUGUACCGAGAAUUCUUGUAGUAUUUUCUCUGACUUACAAAAUUAAUGACACGGGAAAUUAGACUGCUAGUUAAUCCCAGAUCGCAAGUGUACUACUCUAUUUAUACACCUCAUUGAAAUAAAUCGACUGGUGCGAUGGAUAUUAAUAAAGUUUUUAUACAUUUCAGCUUUGUUAUCGUGAUUUCGGUUGGGUGUCGGAAAAUAGAUUUUGUUAGAAAAUCACUCUUUGUAGUUAUGUGCACGUUGGGGAAAAUAACCUCGAUGAAAAAUCGAAAAAUUUUAACUUAUUUUUGUCAAUUGCAUCUAGGUGAAAAGACCUUUUAUUUUUUUAAGCCUCGUGAAUUCACUUGCACAAGCAGUCACUGUUUUUAUAGUAUUUAUCUACCUCUGCACAGAAAAUAAGCAUCGAGUGGAUAAUUUUACGUUUUUAUGUAAAUAGACACCUGAAUAAAUGUUUUUUUUUUUA